AUGGCUCCCAAGAACAACGCCAAAGCCGGCAAAGGCAAGGGGAAGGAUGCUACUGAAGACAAGGGCAAGGGUGGCAAGACAGCCGUGAAGGGCGCGCAGUCGAUCAACGUUCGCCAUAUUCUUUGCGAGAAACACGCUAAGAAAGAAGAGGCGCUGGAGAAGCUUCGAAAUGGCACCAAGUUUGACGAGGUUGCCCGUGAGUUCUCAGAAGACAAGGCUAGACAAGGUGGUGCCCUAGGAUGGAAGACCAAGGGUGGGCUUGACCCGGCCUUUGAAGCUGUUGCCUUUGAGCUGGAAACCAGCACAACAGGCAAUCCCAAGUAUGCUGAAGUCAAGACUGGCUUUGGGUAUCAUAUCAUGAUGGUUGAGGGUCGAAAGUAA